AACUCUCUCUCUCUCUCUCUAAAACAGAACCACCUUUCUCUUUCUUUCUCUCUCUAAGCUUUUUCCUCCUCAUCGCACUGCUACUAUCUGUACAGCAUCUCUGCCUCAAGAUCCAAAAAGAAGACAAAGAAAUUCACAUUCACCAUUCACGUUUCACAACGCCAACUUUUUUUCUGAAAAGAUUUCACUACAAUGGCAGAGAAUUGCAGCAGAAAACUGACUGUAGAAGUGUGUAAUGCCAAGAAUUUGAUGCCGAAGGACGGCCAGGGAACGGCGAGCGCCUACGCCAUAGUCGAUUUCGAUGGCCAGCGCCGCCGUACGAAGACUAUUUUCCGGGAUCUAAAUCCCCAGUGGAAUGAGAAGCUCGAGUUUCUGGUGCACGACGCCGCUACCAUGGUGGAGGAGACUCUGGAACUCAAUAUAUACAACGAUAAGAAGACCGGGAAGAGAAGCACUUUUCUCGGAAAAGUGAAGAUUUCGGGGAGCACUUUUGUGAAAGCCGGUGAUGAUGUGCCGUUGGUUUAUUAUCCGUUGGAGAAACGAAGUGUUUUUUCUCAGAUCAAAGGUGAGAUCGGUUUGAAAGUUUGGUAUGUAGAUGAAGAGCCUCCACCGGCGCCGGCGCCGGAGAAGAGUGAAACUCCGGUUCCGGCUGCGGAGGAGGAGAAACCACCGGAGAAGGAGAAGGAGAAGGAAGAGGAGAAGAAGCCAGCGGAAGCCACGGAAGAGAAGAAAGAAGAGGAGAAAAAGGAAGAAGAGCAAAAACCCGCCUCAGAGGAGGCAAAGAAGGAAGAGAAACCACCGGAGAACGCUCCGCCACCGCCGCCUCCAACACCGCCCACGUCGACUGAAGUAGAGCAUCCACCAAUUGCUCAACAAAAACCCACGCAGAACCCAGAGAAAUCCAUUAUCUCCGAAAACUCGAAGAACAUGGAAAUCGAAUCAAAGCUCUUCCAAAAAAUCUCCAGCGGCAAAGCGGAUCGAAGAAUCGCCUUCGAUCUCGUCGAUCAGAUGCCGUUCCUCUACGUCCGUGUUGUGAAAGCCAAGAUUUCAAAUCCAGAAGCAGAGUCUUCCUUCUGCGCAAAGCUCGUGAUCGGCACUCAUAGCAUCAAGACCAAAUCACAGGAAGCGAACAAAGAAUGGGACCAGGUUUUCGCAUUCGACAAAGAAGGCCUGAAUUCGACUUCGCUCGAAGUCUCCAUCUGGACUCAGAAGAAGAACGCAGAGAAAGACAGCGUCGAGGAGACCUCCGCUGGAACGGUGUCGUUCGAUCUGCAGGAGGUGCCCAAACGAGUGCCCCCGGACAGCCCAUUAGCCCCUCAAUGGUACAGCUUGGAAGGAGAUGGGUCGCCGGGAAAUGACGUCAUGCUGUCGGUGUGGGUCGGAACUCAAGCAGACGAGGCUUUUCAGGAGGCGUGGCAGUCGGAUUCCGGAGGGUUGAUACCGGAGACCCGAGCCAAGGUUUACUUGUCUCCGAAGCUGUGGUAUUUGAGACUAACGGUCAUCCAAACCCAAGAUUUGCAGCUUGGUUCGGGUUCGGAGCCUAAGGUUCGGAGCCCGGAGCUCUAUGUCAAAGCCCAACUCGGCGCACAGUUGUUCAAAACGAGCCGAACAAGUAUCGGCUCCUCCAAUCCUACGUGGAAUGAGGACUUGAUUUUCGUAGCCGCCGAGCCGUUUGAGCCGUUUCUAACCAUCACAGUGGAGGAUGUUACAAAUGGGCAAUCUGUGGGGCACGCUAAGGUCCAGGUGGCUACGGUGGACAAGCGUACGGACGACAAAUCAGAGCCUAGAUCAAGAUGGUUUAAUUUAAUUGGAGAUGAGAACAAACCAUACGCUGGGAGGAUACACGUGCGGGUUUGCUUGGAAGGUGGGUAUCACGUGCUUGACGAGGCAGCUCACGUGACCAGUGAUGUUAGAGCCACUGCCAAGCAGCUAUCCAAGCCACCAAUUGGGCUACUUGAAGUGGGCAUUAGGGGUGCUACUAAUCUGCUCCCGGUCAAGACAAAGGAUGGUACACGUGGGACCACCGAUGCCUAUGUGGUGGCCAAGUACGGGCCGAAGUGGGUCCGGACACGAACAAUUCUUGAUCGCUUUAAUCCACGAUGGAAUGAGCAAUACACGUGGGAUGUGUACGAUCCUUGCACCGUGCUAACUAUUGGCGUGUUCGACAAUGGAAGGUACAAGCAUGACGAUGCGGGGCUCAAGAAGGAUGUGAGAUUGGGGAAGUUGCGGGUACGACUCUCCACGCUCGACACCAAUCGAGUGUAUGUUGGUACGUAUUCGCUUAUGGUGUUGCUCCCAGGAGGGGCUAAGAAAAUGGGCGAAAUUGAGAUCGCAUUGAGGUUUUCUUGCUCGUCAUGGAUCAGUCUCAUUCAAGCAUAUGCUAACCCAAUGUUGCCUAGGAUGCAUUAUGUGAAACCUAUGGGUCCAGCUCAACAAGACAUUUUGAGGCAUAGUGCUAUGAGGAUUGUCACAACAAGGUUGGCUCGGUCCGAACCAGCUUUGGGCCAAGAAGUUGUCCAAUUCAUGUUGGAUUCGGACAUGCACAUGUGGAGCAUGAGACGAAGCAAGGCGAAUUGGUUCCGGGUUGUGGGUUGCUUGUCUAAGGCAGCCACUUUAGUCCGUUGGCUCGAUGGGAUCAAAACAUGGGUGCAUCCUCCGACCACCGUUUUGGUCCAUGUCCUAUUAGUGGCCAUAGUACUAUGCCCGCAUCUAGUGUUGCCAACAAUUUUCAUGUACGCUUUCUUAAUCAUAGCAUUAAGGUUUCGGUAUCGCCAACGUGUAUCCAUCACAAUGGACCCUAGGUUGUCCUACGUCGAUGCAGUGGGACCUGACGAACUUGACGAAGAAUUUGAUGGAUUCCCAACUACCCGAUCGGUUGACCAAGUUCGUGUUCGAUACGACCGACUACGUGCCCUAGCCGGACGGGCCCAAACCCUACUAGGUGAUCUAGCAGCUCAAGGCGAAAGAUUGGAGGCAUUGUUCAAUUGGAAGGACCCUAGGGCGACCGGCAUAUUCGUGGUGGUAUGCUUACUUGCUUCCUUACUGUUCUAUGUGGUACCUUUCAAGGCCUUCGUGUUAGGGUCGGGAUUCUACUCCCUCCGCCAUCCGAGGUUUCGCGACGACAUGCCAUCUGUACCGAUGAACUUUUUCCGAAGGCUACCGCCCCAAUCCGAUCGAAUCCUCUAGACGAAUUUUCAUUUAUUGUUUUAUUUAAUAUAUUUUUGACAAGAUUGUGAUGGAAAUUAAAUUUGAUUAGGGAAGUCAAUUUGAUGCACUUUCCCGGUGUAGUAGUAGUAGGAGUUGGUGCUGUUUGAUUAUGUAAACGUGGAGUGGUGGAAUUGAAUAGUAUUUAUUUCUCUGUCUUAAUUAAACUCAUAAAUAUAUGCAUCGAAUAAAGAGACCGCAGAA